GCGUUGUUUUGGUUCCCUCCUUGAAGCCAAGGAGUCAGCAACACCGUGACUGCAUUGUGUGUGUGUGUACAUCUAAAUAUAGUGCUGGGUGACACGCGGGUCUGGCAGGCUGAGGAUGAGACAAUACCUCCGCAGAGUGCACAAGGGGAAGGGUGAGGAAUCCUGGUGAGCUGAAAAGUCAGCCUCGGGUCUGAAUGAACGAUUCAUUCCAUCGCAUAGAAAACCAGGGGAAAGUAUGCCACAAACGGCUCCCUUUGCAGCUAUGUUUGACAGCAGUGGUUACAACAGAAACCUGUAUCAGUCAAAAGAGGACAACUGUGGAGGACUCUAUUACCAUGACAACAAUCUCCUGUCAGGGUCUCUGGAAGCCCUCAUCCAGCACUUAGUACCCAAUGUAGAUUACUAUCCUGAUAGAACAUACAUAUUCACCUUCCUGCUCAGUUCGCGGCUGUUCAUGCACCCGUAUGAACUAAUGGCCAAGGUUUGCCAUUUGUGCAUGGAGCAUCAGAGACUAAGUGAGCCCGGGUCUGACAAGAGCCGGAUACGAAAAAUUGCACCCAAAAUCCUUCAGCUGUUGACUGAGUGGACAGAGACGUUUCCGUAUGAUUUUCGAGAUGAAAGAAUGAUGAGGAACCUAAAGGACUUGGCACAACGAAUAGCCAAUGGCGAUGAGAUGUAUCGGAAGAACGUACAGCAAAUCAUCCAGAGCCUGAUCCGAAAACUUGCCUCUCUCAGCCAGUAUGAAGAAGUACUUGCAAAAAUCAAUGCAACAUCCACAGAUCGACUGACAGUCCUGAAGAUCAAACCUCAGUCCAUACAGAGGGACAUAAUCACUGUCUGCAAUGACCCUUACAUGUUAGCCCAGCAGCUGACUCACAUAGAGCUGGAGAGGCUCAAUUACAUUGGACCAGAAGAAUUUGUCCAGGCGUUCGUACAAAAGGAUCCUUUGGACAAUGACAAGAGUUGUUAUGCUGAUCAAAAGAAGACCCGUAAUCUGGAAGCCUAUGUAGAAUGGUUUAACAGACUCAGCUACUUAGUUGCUACCGAAAUCUGCAUGCCUAUGAAGAAGAAGCACAGAGCAAGAAUGAUAGAAUAUUUCAUUGACGUGGCUAGGGAGUGUUUUAACAUUGGCAACUUUAACUCCUUAAUGGCGAUUAUUUCUGGUAUGAACAUGAGUCCGGUCUCCCGUCUAAAGAAAACCUGGGCAAAAGUCAAGACGGCCAAAUUUGACAUUCUUGAGCAUCAGAUGGACCCUUCUAGCAAUUUUUACAAUUACCGAACCGCUCUGCGUGGGGCAGCUCAGAGGUCCUUGACGGCACAUAGCAACAGAGAGAAGGUAAUCGUGAUACCUUUCUUCAGUCUCCUAAUCAAAGACAUUUACUUUCUCAACGAGGGCUGUGCCAAUCGCCUUCCAAAUGGCCAUGUUAAUUUUGAAAAAUUUUGGGAGUUAGCGAAACAAGUGAGUGAGUUUAUGACAUGGAAGCAAGUGGAGUGUCCGUUUGAGAGGGAUCGGAAGAUCCUGCAGUACUUGCUGGCUGCCCCAGUCUUCAGUGACGAUGCACUUUACAUGGCUUCCUAUGAGAGCGAAGGUCCUGAGAAUCACAUUGAAAAAGACAGAUGGAAGACUCUAAGGUCAACACUUUUAGGCAGAGUUUAACAUGUGAGAUGCCUGCUGCUCCUGCCGCUACUGUGUGAUGUGGACUAGGGGAAGGGACCCGGCUUGAUUUAUUUUGUGUGUGUACUGAAUGGCAUUGAAGUGAUGGGAAUUGUGCAGCCAAUUGAGAAGACAUGUCAGCAAAGAUAAAAACAAGUUAACUCAAGAACAAACAGGCACCUUCUCAGAUCGGACAGAUCAGGUUAAAUCACAACUCACUUGGCUAUUGAUUGAGGACAGGAAUGGCAGAAUCCUUUGAAGAUCUCAAGUUCCUUGUAUGAAUCAUUUCAUAACACCUGAAUGGGAUUUUUCUCCUUGUUUUGUUGGAGCUUGCUGCUACUAGGACUUUUAAGGUUUGGUACUGGAUUAUAGGGCUUUCCAUUCCUCCAGCUGAAUCCCAAAUUUGCAUUAGAAGAACUUCCACUCCCAAUAUGCUGAAUAUAGCCAGGAGCUCAGCCUGAGUCAGCAUUGCCAAGAAGGGAUAGGACUGGAUUGAUUAAAAGCAAAAAACCUGGCUGCUGUGGGGACUUCCCCUCCCCUAUUUUAAUGAUAGUUGUUUUUUUUUUUUGUUUGUUUUUCCAUAAAGUUUUUGAGUUGGCUGCUGGUUGGCAAACUCAUUGUCAUUCUAAGUUAUAUUUUAAAAAAAGUAAUAAUAGAAUCAGUGCUGUGGUAGGAAAUUCAGGCACUAGAAAAAUACAGUAACUAUGUAGCUGGGACUAUCUUACAUCUUCUAGUAAGGUGUUUUGGUUUUUUCUUUCAACUGUUUACCACCUUUUUCUAGACAUUCUUAUAUUUUUACUGUAGCCUUUUGUUACUGUACAUUUCCAUACUUGAUGGCUACUUCCUGUAUUAAGUUGAGCAAUCUGAUUGCUUUUGUUUUCUUGAAUUCUACUUGUGAAACCACUGCACAGGCUGCAUUACAAAUAAUAUCAAAUUCUGUGUUAUUUAAGUCGUCAUUUUUACAAUUGCUUUUUUAUAUAUAUAUAUAUAUAUAUAACAACUGGAGUAUGUAAUCCAGUUUGACUGAAAUGGUAAGAUGCCAAGAAACAAAAACAAUUUCUCUUUGACUACAGCUGUGAACAAAAACAAUCUCCUUUGUGUUUGCUUCCUGGAUUAUCAUUGUUAUGACUGUGAAAUAGCUCACUUUGUUACACAUCUAAUAUGUCUGUUGUCAAUCCAAGUACUUAGUCACUGUAUUUAUCCUAGGAAAAAUCCUGGGGAAUAAAGAGAAACCGUAGAUUUAGUCUGCCCUGGAUGGGAAGUCACAUGCUAAACAAAGGGACAGGUUUGUAAAUACCAUGCCACUAUUUAAAAAAUGGAAAAAAAUAAAAUCAUGUAUUUAUGUUGCACUGCA